AUGGAUGUAUUAGCCCUCACCAUAUAUGGCAUUGACUUGUUUCCCAAGAUAGAAGAAUUCGUGGAUUACACCGCAAUAGACGUCUUCGUAGCAAGAAAAACAAGAUCAGAGAAUCCUGUAACGACAGUUCUUGUGGAUGUUUAUGGGACCUUGAGUUUUUUCCAGGAGAGAAAGGGAAAGAAAAUUCUUUGUUGUUUACCAGCGUUGUAUACAUGGAUGACAGCGCGCGUGUUUAAGGAGACGGUCGACGUCAAGAGUCUGCCGGAGACUUUGUCACACCAAGGGCUUAAAGAUAAGGGAGGAAACGAUUGGGCCCGAUUCUUUGCUGGCUUGAGCGAAAGAAGUAUAAAAUGGCGCCUUCCUUGGCUCGGAAAUAAACUGUCUAGACAACACUGUGGUAGCUUUCCUAAUGUGCCCCUCAUAGGUGCCCGAUACUGUAUCAAUUACAACCCCCUUUUGGUUCAAAGACAAUUUGGGCAUCCCAUGAGAGGGGCACCUUCACCAGAUUAUCUUGCUACCCUAUUCAUUUAUUAUGAAUACGGGCAUUUCAUCGAACUGUUAAGAAAGGUUAAAAGCGCGUGGGAAAACGUUGUUCGAGCAGAGAAGGACUUGAGGAAUGGAGUGAUGGAUAGCAGGGUUAGUUAUCACACCUGGAUUCUGGAGAGGGUAAAAGAAGUCAAGUUGCCUUUCAAGCCAAUCAAUGAUCAAUCGGCUAGUGAAGGACCAUCCCAAGCCCCAGAAAGUGAAGAGGUGAAACAAUUGAAGGCUCAGAUGGAGAAAUUGAGGGUGAGGAAUGCUAGGUUGGAAAACGAAUUACAGAGGGCGCGCAAUGAUAUUGUGGAUAUGAGGAAUGAUAAUGAAGAAAAGUCACGGGCUUAUGAAAACAUUGUCAAAAGCCAGAAGGCUGAGAGGGAUUAUACAUUCCGAGUGAAGCAGGAUCUUGCGGCCGCGAGUAAGGAAUUAUCCAUGAGGGUGAAUGAGAAGAAUGUGGCUUUAGAAGAAGGCAGGCAGUGGAAACAACUCUAUGAAGAAGCCAGGAGAGAUAAAAGGGAAGCCCUAAAAAGACUAAGAGAAGCGUAG